AUGUCAAGUUAUUCAUCUUUAUCAUCUACUACUAUGACAACAAUGUCAACUACUACUACUCAAAUGCAACAAAAUCAAAAAAACUUAUAUAAACCAAAGAGAUCAAGUUUGAUUAAAAUCCAAAAACAACAAGAAGAAAACGUUGCUAUUCUUGCAAAUACAAAAGAAGAUAGUCCAAUUUACUUGGAAAUUAAUAGUGUUAUGUCUGAAAUAGAAAAAUUUCGUGCUAGAUUACAUGACCUUAGUAGAAUUCAAGAACAAAGAUAUAGUGAUGAUUCUAUUUCUGAUUCUCGUAAUUUUGAUGAAUAUAAUGAAACUUCUGAAAUGAUGAUGCAAGCUGUUCAAAAUCAACUAGCUGUUGUUAGGCAACAUAUUACUUCUAUAUUAGAUAAUUAUGAAUCUUUAGAUGAAAAUCUUCUCACUGUUAUUAUGACUUAUAAUGAAGAAGUUAAUAUAGCUUUACAAGAAGCUUUACAAGAAGUUCCAAGUCUUUAUAAUAAUCAACCUUCUUCUCCUUUUCAAGCUGACCAAAAUUUUCAACAAAUUAUUGAAGCUCAAGCCAUUCAAAUUCAUUUUUUGGAAAAAGCUAAUUUUAAUAAUAUUUUUCAACUUAUAACUGAUAUAGAACGUUGUCAAGAUUUACUUUCAAAUUUUACUAAAUUAAAUGAUGAUAUUGAAAUUAAUUUAGUUAAUUCUAAAGAUCUUUUCCGAAAAUAUGAUUGUAGAACUCAACUUGAUCUUAAUAAUGAUUGGUCAAAACAAUUCUUAAGUGGAGUUUUACAACGUCAAAUAAUUGACUCUAUUUUAGAACAUUCUGAUAUUUAUUUUAAUGGAACUUUACAAGAUACUUUAAAUCAUUCAAAAAAACGUGAUAGUUUUUUAAGAAGAAAUACUAUUCAAAAGAUAAAUCCUGAAGUUUACGCUGUUCUCGGUUCUAGAGAUUAUGAUGGUUUCGAUCAUCCUUUUAUCGAAUUUGUCUCGGAAAAAGUUAUUAGUAUUAUGAACACUUAUUGUAAUAUUAAAUCUCCUGAAAAGUUAAUCAAAAUUAAUGAAUCAGCUUCUGAAGUUGUUCAUAGUGUUAUAACCGUUUUUUAUUUUAGAAUGCAAGCUCAAGAACCUGUUACUCAAUUUCAAUGGAUUGAAAAUGGAAUUAAAAUUGAUUCGGAAACGAUGAAAAGUGGUUGGGAGUCGAAAUUCGAUGAAUUUACUACUGAUCUUUGUUUUUUUCCCUUAAUUGGUAGAAAAUUAGUUAAUCAACAAAAAUUAAAAGUUUACACUAAAGCAAAAGUUUUACCUUAUCGUAAACAAUUACCCAUUGAAAAAAAUUUAGCUAGUAGAAAAAUAUCUCUCGAAAAAUUACCUGGUUAUUGGCCAUCAUCUCAAAAUUAA